AUGAAUUGUGACAAUCUUAUGUUGCUUGUCACCGCAACAUUCAGCAUUCUCGCCAGUCUUGACUUGGCUCUUGCGAAAGACUAUUACAAGAUUUUAGGUGUACCAAGAGAUGCUAGUGACAGACAGAUCAAGAAAGCUUUCAGAAAGCUUGCCGUGAAAUACCAUCCUGAUAAAAAUAAGCAAAAAGAUGCAGAGGCCAAAUUUCGCGAGAUAGCGGAAGGUAGGUAACACCUCUCGGAAAUUGGAAGUGUUUUCAAUUUCGUUUAGGAUUGUCAAAUAUAAUUUGAAACAAACAUAAGAUGUAUUCCUCUAUAAUACGAGGCCGUUACUUUAUCUUGAGAAUUAGUUUUUCCUCAGUAAAACCCAAGACUUCUCAUUCUCGAUACACGUCGAUACCUCAAACGUUCCAACAUAAAUUAUACGUGUAUUAGAGAAAACAGCAUGGGACCAGUUCCUUCUGUUAAAGUUUGGUUGUCAUUUUCAAGAAUUGAGUACCUUUUCAUACACAUUUAUUGUUUUUGCUUUAUAUUUAAGCUUAUGUUUGUUGGACAUAAACUCGUUUCCUGUAAUUCACUGAAAGGUUUGAAUAGAUUUUCUGCGUAGAAGAUGUCCAAUUGUUGUCAGGCUUUCAAUUGUUUUUAUUACAAGGUGUACUUGGAUUGCAUAACAAUAUCUUUGGAAAUAAUUUGCUUUUCACUUUGGAUUUGAAAUCCAAGCUUGUGACACUUGAAUCACGAAUGUUCAACUGGAGGUGUUUUCUGCUUCAAUUUAAUAAGUCAUGUGAUUUAACGCUUUUAAUAGCAAAGUGAUGACUCAUUGAAGUGAUCAGUUUUUCCGAAGAUUAAAGUACAAAUAAGCUUACAUACUUGUACCUAGCAACAGCUCACUUUACAUUACGAUAUACAAAUUUUGCAUGUGUCUAGAAGUGCUGCUUCUCAAGUAAACUGCAAGUGUGAAUUAAGACUAUUUUUUAACCAAUGACAAUUAAAAAGGGAAAACUGAAAAUGAACUUGCACUGACCACACGUACAUUGAUUGAUAGGCUGCCUUGGCCCUCUGCCCCUACUCUGAAUUCUUGGGAAUGUUAGAUCAAUUUUACCUCCAUGAUUCACUUUCUGGCUUACACAUAACUGAGCUGAGCUCAGAGGCACUUACUUAAAGAAAUGUACAGUCACGCGGGGCGUAGGGGUUUGGGGCAAAGAGUACAAAAUUAAAAUUUGCAACUGUGUAGUGCUCAUAUGUAAACUAUGCACAUUCAAGGAAAAAUUCCACUACACACAAAUGGACAUUAUUUUGGUCCUAAUUUUUCAGUUUGUUCGAAGAUUUCCCUGGCCCUUGACAAUUUUUUGGACGUCAAAAUAAUUUAUGCUGUUUUCAAAGCACUUAUAUUUGCUACUCUAGUAAUCUUUCAAAUGAUGAAUAAUUAUGACACAUCAGAGAGCAGAGUAGUGUCUGUAAAUGCAGUGUAGUGACAGUAAACAGUAAUAGACCAGUAUUUUAAUUUGGUGAAAAAUGUUGCAACCCAGCAGUUCCCCUGUUUUUUUUAUGCCAGAGUGUACAGUGUACAGUGUAGUGUUUGCUCAGACAAAUAAUUCUUCAAUAAUAAAUGGAUAUUACAGUUAUUUUUCGCAGACACUUUGGUAAAUGUGUCAGUUUGUAGGGAGAGAUAUUGAAUUUUUCAUCUGAGUUGAUUAUGUUGAAUUGGCUACUAUAUAGAGACUCGGAAGCUGUUGUUCUACCCUCAAAACAUAUCAAACAUUUGGGGUUUGUGUAGCAAAGAGGAGGAGAGCCUUAGACUUUGUUAUAGGCUACUGAUUAACCUUUGUCUGUCUAUUUGAAGGGGCAGAAUUUUAUUUGAAGAAAAAGAGUGGCUCAGCGGGUGAUUAAACACAGCUGGUCAUAUCUUUAGUGACAAUAAUAAAAUCCCUCUCUUUAAAGCAUAAUUUAAUAAUCCUUGCUAAACCUUUUACAAAACUAGCAGUAAACCUUUUACUGGACUACCCUUAAAGUGCUGUCCAUUAAAUGCCUUGGUGGGGAAUUUUACGCACUUGAAAACAAAUAAUGGACAAAUAAUAAUAUUAAAUGGCCAAAAUUCAAAGUCUUAAUAAAAAAAUCUUUAAUAAAAUAAAUAUGCUCAAAACUUACUGGUGAAAUGUGAAAGCAAAUCAUUCAAGUGAUUGGUUACCAUGUGAUUUUAACAACAAGCUCAAACAUAUAAUUUACAACAAUAAAAAAUUGAAAAUAAUAAAAUUUUAGGCAGUCAGUGAUCUAAAAGUAAUGCUGUGUGUAAGACGUUUCACUGGUUGCUCCAUAGAAUGUUGUGCAUGGACAUAGAGAUAAUAUAAUAUAAUAAUAUAUAAUAGAACAGCUUCAAGGUGAUGUUAAAGAAACAAUUCGCAAUGACAAUUUUUAGCUCAACAAAGCAUUGCGAUAUUGUUUCGAUUAGUUCCAACACUGCAACACUGCUUUGCACUAAAAAUUGUCGUUGUGAAUCAUCCGGUGUACAUCUUUAUGGUGUGUUUACCAGCCAGGGUUAAAUACCCCCAAGGCUGUGCUGUAGCAUAAUGCAUUGCCGGUGGCCCCUGGUACAUAACUUUUGCCCCUGUGACAGUGAGACUAGAAAAUCUAGAAAAUCAAUUUUUUUAGAGCAUAACCUUGUUCCAGAAAGAACUGGUAACACUUAAUUCAACUCUGAUGAAAGUACUCUUCAACUCUUUCAGCUUAUGAAGUUCUGUCAGAUGAAAAAAAGAGAAGGCAAUAUGAUCAGUUUGGAUCGGAAGGAAUGAACGAUAAUGGCUUCAAUUUCCAUUCACAAGGUUUCCGAAGCUUCGAUGACAUAUUCAAAGAUUUUGACUUUGGAAGUGGAAAUGGACAUGGAAAAGAGUGGAAGUUUUCUUUUGGUGGUGGCGGAGGUGGAUUCGAUGAUUUCUUUGAUGACGAUGAUGAAGAAGAAGAAGAUGACUUUUUCGGAGGAUUUAAAUUUGGUGGAUUUGGGGACUCAUUUUUCAGUGAUGGAAGUUUUCACACAACUAGUCAUAGAGAAGAUGUAUUUACAAAUGACGAUGGAGAAAGAAUGCACAGAAAUGUCAGACAUACAGCAUUUAGAGAAUCAAGUAAGUGCACCCCUAAGGGUAUGCUUAUUUCAACCUUAUCAUGAUAAAAUUCUGGAUUAUUCUGGAAUAACCUUGUUCCAAAAAAACUUUUUUUUUCUGUUUUGAGAACAGCAAUCCAUAUAAAUUUGUUUAGUGUGAAGUGAGUGAUGUUGAGAGUCUUGGGACACUAAAAUGGACUUAAACGUUACUCCCCCUCCCAACCCAAGCUAUGUUAACUUUUGUGCACUCUGUAUACUUAACCCAGGCCUGAUAACAUUACUUUGAGGGGGGGGAGAGAGGGGGUUAACAGGGGGAAGGGUCACAGAUGACACCUGAAUUCCAUCACGUAACAGAGGUGGUUCUUUAAGUCUAGAUUUUCAUGUACGAAGUGUUUUUCAUCGUUGAAGGAGGGUCUGCAAUAUUUGUGUCAGGAAUAUUCAGCCUCCUUUGUAGUCAUUUAGGGUGGUUGUAUACGGAAUUCACAGUAUGCACAAAAUGAAUGAUUUUAUGUUGUAUCUUCACUCCCCUUCAUGUAGAAAACCUCUCCUUACUCUCAUUCUUUCUAUGGCAUUUAGAGUAAGAGAUAUUGAAACCUGCUCCUCCCCCCCCCCUCCAGUGACAGUUAGUGAUGGUCAAUGGGUGAGAGGGAAUCUGUUGAAAGUGCUCCCUAGUUUUUGAGUUUUAUAGCUGGUUACUUUGCACUGAUCAUCCUCUGUUUCUUUCUUGGCAGGUGGAGGCAGAACAUGUCGGACUGUUACAAGAAAAGUGGGAAAUAUGGUCACAACAUUCACUGAAUGUACUUAG